CACACCAGAUCUUGCUUCAUUUUUGGCCGACACAAGAAAACUUAGCUUCGAAGAAGAUUGGAUCAAUUUCGAUCUGAUUCCGUGGCGAAGGAUGGAGAAUACCAACAACAGCAUCAUGUCGAGGGAGAAGAUCGAUCAGAUGACUCUCUGGUUGGGUUCCACACUUUCGUCGGCUUUCUUCUCCUCCCUGGAACGCUUCUCCUGCGUCAACGUCUCCACCCAUGAUGCCGACUGUGAUGCCGAUGAUGACGAUGCUGUUGAGAUCCAAAAUUCCGCCUCCGCCGCCAAAUCUACUGGUCCUCAGGUCAAGGACGUUUCUGACCUUCCCGUUUGAGACAACCUCCUCCUUCCUGUAUACGUCUUUCCCUUUUAUGUAGAAGUAAGGGGUCCAUUCAUUCUAAGCUCAUCUUCUGGUGGAGUGUGAAUUAUAGUUAUAAAUACAUGCAUAUAUCCAAUUCUGUGUUGUCAUGUGAUUAUGAAGUCGAUAUUCCUGAUUUUCGUCGUAUUACCGCUGCGGAUCAUCAUCUUGUAUCUUUAAUGAAUCAAUCGUUUAUUUCAUGAUUGUUGCUGCUAUGUACAUUCAUGACUAUCAUUCGAUUCGUUCUCCAUUAUAGUUAAUACAUUUGAUUUCAUGAUUGUUUCUGAA